GGACUUUUAAAGUGAGAUUCGAUUCACCAAUUUGUAUAUAAGAAAGCCCAAAAGCUAGAUACCAUUCGUCAAAUACUAUAUGCCUUAAACCACAACAAUGAAAGUUUUCAUUGUAUUUGUCCUUCUCAUAGUUAUUAUAAGCCGAUCUGUUUUAGGUAUUCGUGUAGCCACUAAAUUUCAAACUCCGGGUACGUUUAAGCAGUACAACAUUUCGAUCAACGAUGAGGGACUUUGGGCACUUGGAUUCGAAUGUCAAUUAGAAAAUGGAGAACAAGAAUUCCAUCUGAUCAAUCCUGGAGAUGAAUCUAUUAUUGAGGUUCAUGUUGAGGACAAUGAUGUUACGUCUGUUCCUUGCCUUUUCUAUUGGUCUAAAAAGGAUAGGAGUGUUCAUGUCUUUGACCAAAGCCUAAAGAAACACUGUGGCGAUGAUUUGGUUAAUACAUAUAAUUGACAGGCCUAAAUUUGGCAAGACUACUAUACUGAUUGAUAAGAGUCAUGAUGCUAAACAAUAUGCAUGUUGAAGUCGGGAGACUACAUUGACGAGGUAAUUUUUAUGUUAAAUUAUGUUACAUUAGUAUUGAUGCCUCUAUGAUGAGCCUAAUGUUUUCGAUUGCAAAAUGUAAAAAAAAAAUUAUAUUGUUGGAUAUCAUAAUAGGUAAAAGCAUGAAUUCUUUGGUGAUAGAAUGGAAUUGAAUGAGAAAAGAUCAUUUUUUUUUGUUGAUGGGAUGGAAUAGAUGUUACUAUUUAUUCCAUCAUUGAAUCGAAUGUUAAAUUUCAAUACCACACGUUUUUAUUUAUUUGAUUUUGUAAUGACGACAAAAAUUCAAUAAAGUCACGUAAUUUUAGUUAUGUUACAAUAUUAUUUUCAAAAACGUAACUACAAAGCAUAUUUUCCAUUCUAACCUUAUUUAGAUUUCGUUGAAGUUUUUAUCUACUUAAUUUUUUUCAUCUGUUUAAAUAGAAAUUCAAUGAUUAUAGCUAAUUAAUGUAUAAUGCGGAGUUAAUCCAUACAAUAUUACAUAUAAUUUGAGAAAUCUGUAUAAGAAUAAAUCUAAUUACUAUAUGCCUAUCAAAACAUACUAAUAUACAAUAAUCGAUAAUUUUCUGGAAAUUUAAAACAAAAAACUUCACUUUCAAACCUCUAUCAAUAUUUUCUCAAUUCUAUUGGUUGCAUGAGAUUUUUUGAUGACAAAAAGAUUAAAAGAUAUUCCAUGAUUUCAGUUAUUUUACAAUAUUAAUAUUUGUUUUGAAAAUAACUACAAAACACAUUUUCCAUUGUAAUGUUAUUUGGAUUUUAUUGAGUUUUUAAAAUCAUUAUUUUUUUUAUCUAAGUUUUAUUUUUUAACAGCAAACCUAAUCUACUUUUAAGCUACUUUUAACAUUUAUCUAAAUUUACAAAAAUACUUGAACUUUCAACAUUUAAGAGGAGGACAAUACUAGAUAUCAUUGGAUUAAAAACUCUUUGAUUAUAAUAAAUCCAUUGAUUAUAACUAAUUAAUGUAUAGAACGGAGUUUAACCAUAUAAAACAUACUAAUAGAAAAUAUGUGGAUAAUUUUCAUGCAACUAAAAACAAUAUAUAUAUAUAUAUAGAGAGAGAGAAAACUAAGUUCAUGUAAUCUAAUUAUUUAUUGUGUG